GUGCACUCUUAAAUCGCCUAUAAAAGUGAGAAACAAAGGUAAAGAACCCAAAAACCAAAGCUCAAGAAACAGUAAUACAUCAAAGAAACAAAGAAGAAAAAGGGUCUUCUUCUUCUUCUUCUUCUUCUUGGCACUGCAAUCUUCCAGUCCCUACAUUAUAGCAUUUUUUUUCUCAAAUGGUAGGAAAAAUCAAGAGACAUUGAUUAGAAAAAUGACGAGGAAUUAUGAAGCAAUAAAAAGCUUUGAAGAAAAUGAAAAUGAUGAAGAUUUGGAAAUGGGUUCUCAACAAAAACAUAACCAGAUCUCUGAUUCAAUUAUAAAGCUUAACAACAACAAAAAAAAGAACAAGAUUGAAGAAUGUUCAAUGCAAAAACAACAACAUCAACAACAACAACAACAACAACCUCAAUCUCAUCGUUUGCUUUCACUUGAUGUUUUUCGUGGCCUAACUGUUGCGCUUAUGAUAGUGGUGGAUGAUAUUGGUGGACUAGUCCCAGCACUCAAUCAUUCUCCAUGGAAUGGUUUAACAAUAGCAGAUUUUGUAAUGCCUUUUUUCCUUUUCAUUGUUGGUGUUGCACUAGCAUUCACAUACAAGAAGCCGUCUUGCAAAGUCGAUGCAACUAGAAAGGCGAUUUUACGCGCACUUAAGCUUCUUGCAUUAGGCAUAUUUCUUCAAGGAGGUUAUUUUCAUCGUGUAAAUGAUAUGACAUUUGGAGUUGAUUUGAAGCAGAUAAGAUGGAUGGGAAUACUGCAGAGAAUUGCGGUAGCGUAUUUGAUUGCAGCUCUCUGUGAAAUUUGGCUCAAGCGUGAAGAUAUUGUUAAUUCUGCAUCGUCGCUUUUCAGGAAGUAUCGAUACCAAUGGGCUCUGGCUUUGUUUCUAUCUUUCAUUUAUCUUUGCUUGCUGUAUGGGAUGUACGUUCCUGAUUGGGAGUAUGAAGUUCCAACAGAACCUUCUUCAGUACCUAAGAUAUUUUCUGUUAAAUGUGGAGUAAGGGCUGACACUGGACCAGCCUGCAAUGUUGUUGGAAUGAUCGAUCGUAAGAUAUUGGGUAUACAACAUCUAUACCGGAGACCGAUAUACGCGCGAACGCCUGAAUGCAGCAUCAAUUCCCCUGAUUCUGGACCAUUGCCUCCUGAUGCUCCUUCUUGGUGUCAAGCCCCUUUUGAUCCUGAAGGACUCUUAAGUUCAGUGAUGGCUAUUGUUACCUGCUUGAUUGGCUUGCACUAUGGUCAUAUUAUUCUCCAUUUUAAGGACCAUAGAAUUAGAAUCAUAUACUGGAUGAUUCCAACCUCUUGUCUAGUAGUGUCUGGCCUUGCCUUGGAUUUAUUGGGAAUGCAUUUAAAUAAAGUUCUCUAUUCAUUAAGUUAUACUUGUGUCACUGCUGGUGCUGCUGGCAUCCUCUUUACCGGAAUAUACUUGAUGGUUGAUGUAUGUGGAUAUAGUCGCAUGACAUCGGUUUUGGAAUGGAUGGGCAUGCAUGCAUUAAUGAUUUUUAUCUUAGCAGCUUGCAACAUUUUCCCAAUUUUCCUUCAAGGAUUUUAUUGGGGAAAUCCUCGUAAUAACUUUCUAAAGUUAAUUGGAGUUGGAUCAUGAAAGGAAUCAAAUGAUAUGCUUAGUCAACAAGAAGAUUAUUAUGUUGUUAAAUGGUGAGACAUUUUUUUGUUUCACCAUGUAAUGGGGACCAAGCAAUAUGUUGGUGGAGUAAUUUUGAGACAAAUUUUGAAGCUUGGUCUUUUAUUGAAGAACAUGAACAUGAACUCGAAUAAUGUUCCUCUAAUCUAUUGAUGAAAUCAACCUCUACAUGAAUGGAUGAUGAUGAUAAUGAUAUAUUUUGGAGAAGCUACAUUUCUUAAUGGAGUAGCCAUUUACAUAUUAUCUAAAUAUAGAGAGGGCAGCUUUUGUUUAUAGUAUAUGACUGCCAAUAUAUUGUGUAAUUUGUAUCCUUGAAAUGAUAUAUUUCAAGAUGAGUAAGAAUAUUUCACGAUAUAUCAAUGUACAACUUUAGUUUAUUAUUA